CCGCCGGCAACCCCGCCAUCCACGCACACCGACACUCAACUCACCUUCCCUCCCAGGUCCAAGUUCCUCUCAUAUCAUACUCGGAAGGCUCAAUUUAUUUUUCAAUACCUUACCAAUUCCAUCGCUUAUUCUUAGCCCAUUUUCACCAAGAGAAGUCUUAACUCUCAACCACCACAUCCCAUCCAUGGCCACCACCGCCGCGAACCCCCCACCAUCCUUAUUUAAGCCCACCACAACAGAAGCUCCAGCGACAAUAUCAACAUCAACAGAAGACACCACCAACACGACAGCAGAAAACCCAGAAGCAGACGCAGACGCAGACCCCUUCGACGCCCUCCUCACCCUGGAAGACCAGUUCUACAGCCAGGGCUACGCAGAGGGUCUGGCGGACGGCGAGGCGGCGGGCCGCGCCGAGGGCCGGCAGCUGGGCCUGGAGCGCGGGUUCGCCAAGUUCGUCGAGAGCGGCCGGCUGCAGGGGCGGGCGAUCGUGUGGGCCAACCGGGUGCGGCUGUCGCGGGCGCAGGGGCUGGCCCAGACGCAAAGGCAGGCGCCGAUAUUUUCACCAUCGUCAGGAGGAGGAGCAUCAUCAUCGUCGUCGUCAUCACCAGGGGAGGGCACCGCAGCAGCGACAAGCGCCGGUCCCGGGGGUGUCGCGAGGACGGAGGGAGGGGACUCGGAGGAAACGGCGGAGGCGGCGAAGGCGGAGCUUCCGCCGCUGCCGGACAACGCGCGGCUGGCGAAGCACAUCGCCGCGCUGUACGCGCUGGCCGAGACGGAGAGCCUGUCGACGGAGAACACCGACGAGGCGGUCGACGAGUUUGACGACCGGCUCAGGCGGGCGCAGGGGCGGGCCAAGGUGAUCGAGCGGAUGGUGGGGGAGAACGGCUGGGAAGGGCGGAAGGGAGCCGCCCGCGGCGGCGGGGAUGGGAAUGGCAAUGGCAAUGGCAAUGGCAAUGAGAACGGACGCGGUCCUGGGGCGGGGGUCGAGUAAGAGCAGGAAGGCGGGGGCUGGGGCGGUAUGAUGAUGGGAGGCAGGGCGCGCUGGCUAGAUGGUUUUGGCUUGUAUGUAAAGAGAAGAUAACCCUGAUACCGGGUUGACGAGAUCAUGGACACGUCUGUUCGGUGU